AUGACCCAGCAUUUAUCCAUGGAGGCCCACGCCAGUAUGUGGCUGGAAGACGAGGAACUCACUUUCCCAUCGUACCCUAGACGAUUCCAUCGGGCUUCGGACGCAUCGGCCACCGUGGCCUGCGACUCUGCCAGCCGGGGCAGUGCUUCGUCAAUGCACUCAGACAUCGAGUCUCUCCUUGACAGAGACGACUCGCUCAGUGGGAACGCUGAUUUCUGGCGUGAAGUGCCCGCUGCGUGCGAGGGAAAUGGCGAGCUCGAUGCCGCCCAGAUGACUGAAUCGUCCCUCACGCAUACCACCACCCCUCUUCACACACACUCAUCGAUGCCUCUGCAAGAGUCGCCACUGGCGUCACCCGUGACACCCGCCUCGGAAACGUGUCUGGAGGAUUUCAUCUGCGAUGUAGGUCCUUCGGCCAAUACUUCUUCUCUGCUGCAGACGCCGUUCCAACCAGACUUUCAAAUCAAACGGCUCUGCUUCAGAGAUGCAGAGGGAAAGCUGGCCCUCACUGACUCUCGCGGGUCCGUGAGUAAGCCCUCAUUCAGCAGGCACACGUCGUACAAGACCAGCAGAAAGCUUCUGAAAAGGGCACUUCGUCGCAAGAGCGGGCUCUGGGAAAUGGCGAGCCCCAAAUUCGCAGUUGCGGAGUUCAUGUUGUUAUAA